UUUCCACAAGUUUCCAGUGCAAGAUCCAGAAAGGAAUCAACUGUGGCUUGUUGCUGCUGGCUUGGACCUCAACACACUGGCGGAGACUCAACUCAAGUGGCGACUGUGUAGUGAUCAUUUCAGACCAGACGACUUCGAAAAACCCCGCAAUCUAAAAGACCACACGUUACUGACAACGAAUGCGGUGCCAUCCGUCUUUCCAGAUGCACCAACAGCUACUGAUGAACAGCAUCCACAGAGAGUCGGCAUUCACAUCCUUGAAGAGAGACCCAUAACAUUAUCAGCAGCCAUGGAUUCACCAGCGACCCAGCUGUCAGUCAUGUGUGAGGUCUGUGGAACUUACUUUGAGACUCGUAAAGGUCUGUCCAGCCACGCCCGCCUCCACCUACGGCAGCUCGGUGUGACGCUGUCCGAAAGCAGCGGUGCUCCCAUCGAACUCCUCUACCAGCUCAUGCAGGAGAAAGGGGGCUCCCUCCCAGAUUUUAAAGCAGACUCCUCUGAAACUGGUGCGACCCCACCCCAAAAAACAACCCAGCAGGAGACCGGGAGACCUUCCGCAUCAGAGGACAGUAUUGACUCCUCCAAAGCAGGGAGCAGAGUCAUGACGACUCCACGAAAGAUGGACCACAGAGCAGGUGAAGGCAGCAGCUCUUCCUCAGAGCAACAAACCCCGACCAAGCCAAUGUGGGCACCCUCGGCAACUGACGCCCCCAUCAGCUUAGCUUCAGACACCAAACAUGAGGUCCAUGUGUGCCAACUCUGUGGCUGCUGGUACGGGACACGCAAAGGCCUGUCGGGUCACGCUCGGACCCAUCUGCGCCAGAUUGGAAUCCCUGACAGCGACAUCAAGGGAAGCCCAAUUGAUUUGCUUUACCAGAUCAUGGAAGAAGAGGACUUCAAGCCCAUCAGCAGCGAGGGGCAACCAGGGGAGUUCACCUCAAGCAGCCCCUCCACAUCCACCCCUUCGAAACGGCCCUCCCAUCAGUCACCUCUAUCAAGCAAGCGGCUAAAACUGUCGGAGAACUUCGCCUGCAUUCUGUGUGGGGAGGAGUUUGAGAAUCGUAAGGGCCUGGGAAUCCAUGCGCGCGCUCACCUGCGUCAGAUGGGAGUGGUUGACCUGCAGGGGAAGAGCUCGGCGAUUGACACCAUCCAGGAGCUGGUCAGCAGCGGCAUGCUAGAAGCUAAAUACCAAAAGAACAGUACAACCAGCUUGUCUGCAGCGUCCUUCCCCUCCACAUCCCUCUCCCCAAGCUUUGCAAAGUACCCUCGGUCUCCUACGGCCCCAAAGGCUAAGAAAGGCUUUCGACUAGCGGUGGACCCCCUUCAUAGGAAGCCCAAGCCGGAGCCUGUUGAAGUUGAGGUCUCUUUUGAAGCGCAGGGAUCCAGCACUAACAACUCUUUCACGCACAAGUCACCUGCUGCUCCGAAGACUCUUAUAGCAGUCUCCUCCACAGGUGUAGAAUCUCCACCCACAGUCCUCUGCGAUUACUGUGGCCAGCUAUUUGAAACCCGCAAAGCGCUAUCAUGCCACGCUCGCGCCCAUCUGCGCCAGCUCGGAGUGGCCUGGUCGAUCAAAUCUUCUCCCAUCGAUAUCCUCAAUGAGAUCAUGAUGCGUGGUGAAGAAGGCAAGAAAGUGCCUGCCGCCUCCUCCGGCAAACCAUCAUAUACCCCUCAGGGCUCCAGAAGGUCCCUGGACAGCCUCCAGUCAGGGGAAGCCGGCCAAACCUCCUCCUCCCCUGUGGAUUACUCCAUGAGGGAGAAAUCCUCGUCAGGCAGGAACUGGACCUCGUUCAACGACGCAUCCUGUGAGCUUUGUGGCUUUCGCUUCGAGAACCGCAAAGCCCUGGCCAGUCACUCGCGGGCCCACCUCCGACAGCUGGGGAUCAUGGAGUGGAAGACGGACGGAGCGAGUUCGCCAAUCGAUCUCCUCAGUGAGUUGAUCCGGAGGGAACCGGCCAAGGUAGCAGCUCUAACCAGCCGCUAUCGUUCGGGAGACUUUUACAUCAAGAAGUCCCAGAAGGGUGCUGCUUCGCCCUCCCUGUCCACAGACUCUGACUCUGUGCCCGGCAGCAGCCUGAGGCUUUCAGGGGGCAGAGAGCAUGCGGGAUUGUCCAGACACUUGCACAGCCACACACGGACUCCUGUGGCCCAGCGCAGUGACCCCGGCCUGCGCUCCCCAAGGGGGGUUCAUCCACCAAAACGUGUUGUGCCUGCAGGAGGAGAAAAUCAGGACAGCAAUUCCCAGCAGCCACCUCGGUCAGGCAGCAUCCCUGCUAUGCUGCCAAAGCCUCCGCUGACACCGCUGGUCAAACUGGUAGGGAAAGUCUACUCGCUGAAGUGCAGGUUCUGUGAAGAAGUGUUUCAUGGCCCUUUGACGAUUCAGGAGCGCUGGAUCACACACCUGCAGAAACACAUCCUCUCCCUGGGCUACAAAGGCAAAGCGCCUCCACCUGCUGCGCCAGUGGCAGCUCCAGCUCUCGUCCAUCCAGUCGCUGUGUAGUCCCCUAAGUCCUUAUGAAGGUCGCAUUAAACUAGGUUAACAUUAGGAAAUGUAACGGCAGAGUCAUGAAGUCUUUAUGUCUACUUGAGACAAUAAAUUGUCGGUUAAAAAUGUGCAAAAUAGAUUUUCCUUUUUUUGUCCUAGAGAGGGCAGGCAUGAGCCUUAUGAGGAUAGCAGCAGAAAAUAGUCAACUCAGGUGAAAUCCACUGGAUCACAUUUUCAUGUUUUCUAGAAAAAAUAUCCAAGGCCGGUGAAUCCUUAAAAAUAUCCAAGGCCGAUGCUUUCUUCCUCCUGCUGAUAAUUCCUACCAUUGGUAAAGGUGUUGUUAAUAUGUUUGAAUGUGUUUCAAUACUUGUCAGUGAUUUCACUGUGAUAUCUCCUAAAUGUGCUUUUCAAUUGAGUCUUGUUUUACACAUUUAUUUUUUUACAAUCCAUCCAGAAGAUUUAUUUAGUCUCAAAUGGAUAUUUUAUGAAAACCAAAACACUGAAAGUCAGGCACAAAAAUGUAACUUGUGAACAUUGAGUUAAAAAUACAAAUGUCAAUGGAAAUGUAAUUUAAAAUGUGUUGAGCAUAGAGACACAGUGUCUCUAUUAUUUUAUUCAGAAGUAAAUGCAAAUAAUGACCUGUGUUUUUGGUCUUUUUUACAUUUGUUUUCUAACACUAUGUUAUUAAACUGUGCCUUUGUAUGUAA